CAUGCUGAAACAUGGAACGAAAGAAUGCAACACGUGUGACUGAGUUCAUCUUAAUUGGAUUCCCCAAUCCCUGGGAGAUAGAGAUCCUCCUUUUUCUGACGUUCUUCAUCAUUCUGAUGGCAACAAUGAUUGGGAACAUCAUCAUCAUAACUCUGAUAAUCAUUGAUUACCGCCUACAUUCCCCAAUGUAUUUCUUCCUCUGCAAUUUGUCUGUCAUUGAAAUCCUUGCAACUCUGCAAGUGGUGCCAAAAAUGAUGCAGAACUUCCUGCUUGAAAGGAAGACCAUCUCCUUUUAUGGGUGCCUGGGUCAGUCAUACUUCUAUUUCUUGUUUGGCACCUCUGAGUAUGUUCUACUAGCUAUGAUCUCCUAUGAUCGAUAUGUAGCUAUAUGCUACCCACUUCGAUAUAGCACAAUCAUGAGUGGGAAGGUUUGUAUCAAUCUUGUGGCAGGUUCUUGGAUGAGUGGGUUCUUCUCCAUACUUGUUCCCACUGUGAUGAAGCUGGGCUUGCCCUACUGUGGCCCUAAUGUGAUCAACCAUUUUUUCUGUGACAGUGCCCCUUUGCUCCACUUAGCCUGUGCAGACAUCAGCCUCGUGGAGUUUAUUGACUUCCUUGUCUCACUUCCCAUUCUUCUGGGUUCUCUUUUCCUGACACUCAUCUCUUACCUUUACAUUAUAAGCACUAUUCUCCGGAUCCCUUCUGCCACAGGAAGGCAGAAGGCAUUCUCUACUUGUGCCUCCCACUUUACAGUGGUUACCAUUGGCUAUGGCACCUCUGUCUUCAUCUAUGUCAGGCCUUCCCAAGCCAGCUCUAUGUAUCUCAACAAAAUUGCCUCACUGAUCACUACUGCAGUGACACCCUUGCUCAACCCCAUCAUUUUCACAUUUAGAAACCAGAAAGUCCAAGCGGUUUUCAGGAACACAGUUAACAAGUACAUAUGUUUAAGAAAACAUACAGGUUGA